AUGAUGUCGAAUAACUUCGGGGCUGCCUCAGAAGCGUCCUCAGAAAAACUCCCCGAGCCCACAGGCCCCGAUGUCGUCCAGCCGCACGCCCUUAUCGAUGACCUGCCCAAGCAGCUUGGGGGCGGUGUUCUGGUUCCGCUCAAGACGACCCUUGAGAUCCGGCAAGACCACACCGUCGUUCGGGCUUAUAUCACGCGAGCGCCUACCAAAGCGGCAAACGACAUCAUCACCAUGCUCCGUACGCGGGUUCAAGAGACUAACAGCCUCCCCCAUUUACGGCGCUGUGCGAAACCGGGCGACCUUCCGGUCCACCUUAAAGCUCAGUUCAUGAACGAGACAGCCGAGAGCAGACAAGUGCACACCGGCAAGUCAGUAUGGCUUUACAUUCUCCUCUGCCAGGAAUCCGAGUGCGGCCGAGAUGAGAUUCUGCAGUUAUUAUCAGAGGUCGAGGGCCUAGGCAACAAUGUCUUCCUCAGAAGCAUUCCGGUUCCGCUGAUCCCGCCAACAUCGCAAAUCCAAGCCGCCAUGUGGACCUCGCAGUUUUGGCCAUGUGUCUAUCGGAAGAACAACCCCCUGGGCCCUCAUCCGGCCCUGGUGGGUCGCGCGUCGGAAGUUAUGAAGGAUGAGACCGGACUCUGGAUGUCCCUGGCCCACCGUGUCGCCCACUCAGUCCACGCAGCUGGCAUGGGGGAGCCGAUGGGCUGCGUUAUAGUUCAGCGCGAAAACGGGAAAUCGGAGCUCGUUGCCAUUGCCGGGGACGCACGCUGGCACCAGCAACCCAAUCGGUUAGGAACCGGCAAUCCGAUGGCUCAUUGCGUCCUUCGUGCCAUCAGCAUGGUGGCGCAAAAGCUAGUUAGGCACGAAAGGACAAAAGCCGGCCUCCCGUUCGUGCAGCCAACGCUGGAAUUUGAUUGCUUCGAGGACAAGCCCCUCGUGGAGGAAGAGCGUAUGCUCUUCAACGGCGAACACCCCAACUCGGAGGGCUAUCUAUGCCACGGCUUAGAACUCUAUACCACACACGAGCCAUGCGUUCAAUGUUCCAUGGCCAUUCUCCACUCCCGUAUGGCGAAGAUCGUCUUCUGCCACCGCAUGCCGCUGACUGGCGGCAUAGCUUCGGAACAGCGAGGAGAGAAUAAACCGGAGCUCGCAGAGUACGGUGGAGGAAAUGGGCUUGGCCUCUUCUGGAGGCGGGAGCUGAACUGGAGCCUACUCGCGUGGGAGUGGGAAGCUCGUGAUAAGAUCAAGCAUCUGCCGCCCGUUGCACAUAUGGCCCACGCAUAA